AUGUCUUCGCCUCCUGCAAUACAAUACGUGUUGGUCACUGGUGCCACCGGGUUCAUUGGCGCGCAUGUUGUCGACCAACUUCUUUCGCGUGGUAUAAAAGUCCGCGGGGCUACUCGAUCAUUAUCUAAAGGCAAGGCGAUGAUUGAUGCGAGGCCUGAGUUUCAAGGGAAACUUGAUUUCGUUCAGAUUGACGACUUUGAGAAUCCGGGAGGGUUUGUGGAGGCCAUCCAGGGCAUUGAUGCGGUUAUUCAUGUUGCAAGUCCUUUCACGUAUGACACCAGAGAUAAUGAGAAGGAGUUGGUUAUACCAGCCAUCAAUGGUGUUGAUUCCAUCCUCAAAGCGGCAGCUACUUCGCCGGAAGUAAAGCGCGUCGUCAUCACGUCUUCCUUUGCAUCCGUCCUUGAUGCUGGGCGCAAGGCACCACCGUACUUCACUUAUACCGGCGAUGACUGGAACCCUCUGUCAUACGAAGAGUCGAUUGGCCCGGAAACAAGUGCUGUAAUAGCAUACCGUGGAUCCAAGAAAUUUGCAGAACUCAAAGCUUGGGACUUCAUGGUUAAAGAGAACCCCUCUUUCGACCUAGUCACCCUUUGCCCGCCUAUGACGUUCGGUCCCAUACGACAUCCCGUUACGAACGUCGACGCGCUGAAUGAGUCAAACAAAAUGCUCUUCAAAAUAGCCUGCGGCGAGAGUCCGCUCCCAGUUGCGAGGGUGCCAUUCUGGAUCGACGUUCGCGACCUUGCGAAAGCUCACGUGGAGGCACUCUUGCGGCCUGAGGCUGGCGGGAAGCGAUACAUUCCAGCAUCUCCUGAGAGAUUUACAUACAGCAAGGCUGCCAGCAUCAUUACUUGGCAUCUUGCCUGGGCAGAUAAUGUAUCGAGUGAGGUGCAGGUUCCCGAUGAGUCUCAUGGUGUGGAUGGGGAGACGGCUGGGCGGGAGUUAGGUCUUGAUUAUAUACCUUUUACAAGGACUGUUAUCGACUUGAUUACGCAAGUUAGGGGCAUACACAAGUCAUGA